UCCUCCGCCGCCCGCCCCCCGUCCUCGUCGCGGUGGGAGGAGACCGAUGGCGGAUGGAUGCAGCGGCUGAAGCCCGGACUGGCUCGGGACAACGCCUAGAAAGCCUCUGCGGCGCCCGGCGCGUCCGGUGCCAUGCGGCGGCUGCUGGCCGGCCUGCUGCUGGCGCUGAUCGCCGGCGGGUCCAAGCCCGCCCAGCGCCUCGGAGCGGCCGCCUGGCACGCCCGGGCCGGCGGCUGGCCCCCGCCGAGCCCCGUGGAGAGGGCCGGGGUACCAGGCCCGCCCCGGGAGCCCUGCGGUCAGACAGCGGCUGGGGUUAUUCAAGAUUAUCUGUGGCUUCAAGAAGAGAUGGAAUGUCUGGGGAUGACAGCAGUGCCCUUACCUCUGGUUAUUGAAGCAAGUAAAGCCCCUCACCGACUCUUGACUUCUGCUGCCUCUGACAAUCAGUGGAGCCAUUCACUGUUUGCUUUGAUACCCUCAUGGACAAAGAAGAUUUUGUUCAAACGAGAGUCUUCUGUUGAGUACCAGCUGCCUGAAGAUAUGUCCAAUAUGUCAGUGUCUCCUGGAUUUGGAAUAACCCUUCAGAAAUGUGGUGUGGUGGAUGUUGAACACGACCCUCAAACUGCAUACAUUACAGUUCUGAUUAAUAACACCAACACACUGCUCUCAACAAACAUCACAGAUCUUAUCCUCCUGGACAAUAUCACUGGUCUACAUGUUCAAAAAACCAGUGGUAAUAAGACCACAGAUGGUAUGCAGAUUUACAGGAAAAGAUACUUGCAAGGUGGAGAGCAUUUUGCAGUCAACUACUCUGCACUUCUUGAUACAAGAGAAAUGUGGGAUGGCAGGGUCUUGACACUGCCUGCAAAGCUGAGUUUCAGGAGUUCAUCACAGAAUAAAACACAUCUUGUUUCACUGAUGGCAUCAUUCACCAUAACUGAAGAAGGGAAGACUAAGAUUUCUUACAGCCAUGCCAUCCAUGCUUCAGGGUUCUUCAUUGCUUUUCUAGUGUCCCUUGUAUUGACAAGUGCUGUUUUGUUCAUUGUUUCCCCAAAACAAAAAUUAAAAUGGAAUUUCUGUGAUAAAAACCAGGAGGUACAGCAUGAACUCAGCCAAAAGCAGAGUCUGGAACAUUCUCAGUUUAAUUCAGGUGAUCUCUUUAGUGAAGAUACAAAUCUGAAUGACCAAAUCAUCGAUAUUCUGUCCUUUGAAGAAUCUCAGAACAUGCUUCAGGCUUUAGAAGACUUGGAGGUUGCCAGCCUGACACGGGCAGAUGCUGAUCUGGAGGCAUAUCGAACACAGAUAUGCAAGGAAGUCAUUGCUAUGUUGAUGAAGAACAUGGUUUUAAGUCACAGCCUCUUUCCUCAUGUGGAGAAGAGGAUGGGUUCAAUUUUCAAAAUGCAGUUUCUUGCAAUGGAGAAAGAGAUUCAAGAGGAAUAUGAAAGGAAGAUGGUAGCUUUAACAGCUGAGUGUAAUCUGGAAACUAGGAAGAAAAUGGAGGCUCACCACCAAAAAGCCAGACAUGCAAAUGAAGAGGCUGAAGAGUUAAUGAAGAAAGUGAGUGAAAAGCCUGCUGUAGAAUAUAGAAGUCUUUUGGAUAGACUUCACAGACUGGAGCAGGACCACCUGAAGAGGUUCCUUCUGUUAAAGCAGGAGGAAUAUUUUGCAAAAGCUUACAGACAGCUGGCUGUUAUCCAGAGGAAGGAGCUCCAUAAUAUUUUUUUUACACAGAUAACAAAUGCUGCUUCCAAGGGGGAUCUGAAGUUAGAAGCAACUAAGACUUUAGUGGAAGAUUACUCUCAAGUACAGGGAGACAUCGAAGAGCUAAUGGAUUUUUUGCAAGCCAGCACUAAAUAUCAUCUGAAUAGAAGAUUUGCUUACAGAGAGUAUCUUAUAAGUAAGAUACAGUUAAGGGAUUCUCAAGCCUCUGCUCUUAUAAAUGCAGCAGCAGCCCAGAUAACAACUCUUAUUAGCAAGACAGAAAGAGCAGGUCAUCUACCUGAAAGUCAUUUGGGAGUGCUGCUGGACCAAGCUGAGGCUGAAAUUAAUUCUGUUAAACAGAAAUUCAAUCAUGAUUUAAAACAAGAAAAGCAAAAGCUUCGCCAGAAACUCAUUACCAAGCGAAGGAGGGAAAUGCUACAACAGCAGAAAGAGCAUCAGAAGGAGCAGCUGUCACUUGGAGACCCCUUCAAAACCACUAGGGAGGUUACUCACUACUUGAGCCACUGGAAAAACCUUCUGAGUGACCAAGCUAUUGAAUUUGAAGAACUUACUGAAAAGCUUGACUUUGAGGCCAGUGAAGAACUGAAAGAGCUUCUCUUUAGUAUAACAGACAAAACUGUUGAAGAGCUUAAGCGUGUUCAGUAUGGGAUAUUUGUGCAAGAACUGGUAAAGCUCAGUGUGCCAAAGAUGUUCCUGCUGGAAGCUGUGGAGGAGCAGAAAAAAGAGAUGGUUGUUAAACAUGAACAGCUUGAAAGGGAAGAGCAUGAUAAGAGCACAGCCGCUGAAGAGCUUCUUCAGCUCGCCAGGCAGAAGCUGAGCCAAGAACUGGAAAUUAGUCUUUUGGAACAAAAAAAAUUAAGGAGCUGGGAACAAUCAGUAUUCAUGCAACUUCUACGUUUACCCCUCUCACUAUCAGAAGAGGAAUUGCUUAGACUGAGACAAGAGCUGCACUGCUGCUUCUCUCAGGUGGACAGCAGCUUGGCUUGGCCCAAGAUAAGAGCAAGAACCUUGCUUCAGGCUUUUGAGGUGGAACGGAGGGAUGCAGAGCUGCUGAAGGUCGAUCAGAAUUUGGCAAUGACAAAUAAACAGCAGCAUAAUAAAGUGAAAAAAACAGGAUCCAGGAAUAAAAAUAAGGUAGAUCUUCUGAAGAAGUCUUUACAGGACAAAAUUUUCAUUUAUGAAGACUUGAUGAAAGGUGAAAAUUUGGAUAAGGUUAAGUACGAGGUGCUGCUUGAGAGACAGCGUCAGCUGCACGAUCUGGAAAAUAACCUUGGAGAGUAUAUUGCUUCUUUAGCCUUUCAAAAGACUGUUAAAAAGUCCAAGAUGCUGGAGCUGUAUAGUGCUGCCAUAAAUGUACAAGCUUUACUGUUUGAGCAACUGAACACAUCAAAAACCCUGUCAAAAUUGGAAUGUAUUCAGAUUUUAGAAGCACAUAAUCCUGAGAUUGAAGAACUUGACAGGAAAUUGGAGUAUGAAAUGUUCAAUAAGGAGUCAGCUCAGCAGCAGCAUCUAAUGAGUAGGCAGAGGUGGACUCCAGAUGGACUGGAACUUUCAAGUGAAGCUGUGGAAACAAAUGCAGACAGACAGGUGACAGCUCUACUACAACAGGCCAUGAAUAAGUGUAGCCACUUCAUAAAUCUGCAUCAGCAAAGCUUGAGAGAUGAGCAGUGGAAUUGCGCAGUGCUUGAAGAUCUCCUGGAAAAUAUAGAAAUGGAUGCAAUUUUGGCACUUUAUAGUCAGGAGCUCCAGCUGGCAGGUUAUUUAGCUAAAGUGAUGAGAGUACCAAUGGGGAUGUUGCACAGGAUCCUGAAUUUGUUGCUGCCCUCCAGCCCACAAAGUGAGGUUCUUUCUCUCCUCAAUCCCAUCAGUAAAUAUUCAGAUGGUGUUGCUGCAAGUGACAGUCAUGCAGAGGAGCCUGGCAGCUGCAAGAAAAAGAAGAACCAAGAGUUGUGGCAUGCAUUGGAGAGUAAAGUAAGGCAAGAUUUGAUUAACAGAAGUUUGGGAAAGAUCCCUGCUCGAAACCAGAGAAAAGACAGCAUCAUAAAGAAGAAGCAGCUUGCCCUGUUGGAAAAAACAUCAUUCAUUCAUCUUGGAUCUUCGCCUACACAUCUUCCUAUGGAACAUUCUGAUCCACCUGUUCCUUUGAGUGCUGCAACUGUGGAAGCCAUCGAGCUGGUAGACACAGGGGAGAAGGUGUUUUUGUUCCGGGAGCUGAGUGAGCCAGUGCUUGCUUUGCAUAAUUCUCCAAGGAAAAAGAAAAAGAACUUUCUUAAUUCCAAAAAAGCUGCUCGUGGAAAUACAGACUCCUGAGGGCACCUUCCAUUCAAACUGUCAGUCAGGGAAGAGGAAGUUAUGCAAAAACUCAGUAAAAGAAUGAGAAAGAAUGAAGUGUGCAGUUUAAAUGAGACGUGGAUUGCUUGGAUCUCAUUCAUCUGCUGCUGUAAAUAGCUGUAAUUGUAGACUGUGCCAUUAGCAAUGUGCAUUCUGCCUUCCUGAUUCUUGUCAGCUCAUGGUGCAGUAGAUGGAAUCUCUGUUUUAUGAUGCCCAUUCUGGCAGAUAGGACUUGAUGUUCCUUCGGUACAUUUUGGUCAUUUUUGCACUGAUUUUCCUGUAUUUUUGUGAUUUAUAUAGAAAGGUUAUUUAUUAUAUAAACUAAGUACUGGUUUACUAUUCUUGUAUUUAUAUAUCCUUGUAAUAAGCUGUGGUAUAGCAGAUGAUAUGAAGAGAUGAAGUCAAUGACCUGCAAGUCCCCUGUUCUCUGAUUUUCUGUUAUUCUAGCUAAUUUACUGUUUAAUUUUGUGUCUUGAUAGGCUUUGAAGUUACCUCUGCAGUCUGUGUUCUACAGUGAUAGCUGAUAUUGCUGGUCUUCAGCACAGAAUCAUAGAAUGGUUUGGGUUGGAAGGGACCUCCAAAGGUCAUCUAAUCCAACCCUCUCUGUAGUAAGCAGGGGCAUCCUCAACUAGAUCAGGUUGGCCAGAGCCUUG